AUGGCGCCGGGAGGUCUUUCAGCUGGUGGAAAGAGCUCACGGCCUGGAACAGGCUCUGAUGUGAGCUCUGAAAUAUCCAGAUCCACCUCGCCGAAGAUAGCUCUGGAUGAUUCGGUGCUCCUAAGUGCCAACGCUAUCCAUGGUUUGGAUUCGCGAGGUGGUGAUUCCUCUGACUAUGAUACUGUGACCAGUAAGACUGGAUUGUUGCAUCGCAAAAGCAAAGUCAAAUAUGGAUCCACAGGAGGUGAAUCGUUUGAGCCGAGUCAUAGUCUCAAUCGAAGUAUCACAGUUGUCGAAGAACAGCAGGAGAAGCUGCAUCGCAACUCGCAAUAUAGCAAAAUGAAUACUCUUGAAGGUGUCUUUGUACCAACGGUACUCAAUGUUCUCUCAAUUCUGAUGUUCUUACGUUUUGGAUUCAUUCUGGGUCAAACGGGAAUCUUGGGAAUGAUGGUCUUGCUGCUGGCUUCAUACGGAGUCAACCUUCUUACUACUCUCUCCAUCUCAGCUAUCUCCACCAACGGUACGGUUCGUGGUGGUGGUGCCUAUUACAUGAUCAGUCGAAGUCUUGGACCUGAGUUUGGCGGAAGUAUAGGUGUCAUUUUCUAUAUCGGUCAGGUGCUUAAUAGGUGUGUAUUGUGA